AUUGGCGAUUUGCUAUUGGAGCUAGGGGUUCGAGGGACGAUGGAAAGUGAAUUGAUUCAAUUGUUCGAUGGGGCGAAGAAGGCAGCCGAUGCGGCGGCUCUCGACGGUGUUGCCUCCUCAGGUCCCGAGGUUUCUCAAUGUCUCGAUGCCCUGAAACAACUCAAGAAGUUUCCCGUCACAUACGACACGCUCGUUUCGACUCAGGUAGGAAAGAAGCUGAGGUCACUUGCAAAACACCCUGUUGAGGAAAUCAAAAUCGUAGCUACUGAUCUGCUUGAGAUAUGGAAGAAAGUUGUCAUUGAAGAGACCGCCAGGGCUAAAAAAGCCGAAAGCACAAACGGUGUCAAAGCUGAAACUGCCAAAGAGGGUAGGAUAGAUAGGAGGGAGAUUGAGAAGACUCCAAAUCCCACGCCUGUGAAAGUCCAGAAACUUCAAAGGGGUGAUUCAGCUAAGAGCAUCAAGGUCGAGAGAAAGGAACCAGCCAUUACAAGUCCGAAGGUAGAGAGAAAGGAACAGGACAACAAAGUUAAUAAUGGUGUAAAGAUGGAGAGGAAGGAGCAAGACAGCAAAGUCUUUACCGCAGCCAAGAUAGAACAUCGUGUUCAGACUGUCAAGGAUGAAAAGGUCUCAAAGGAGAACCAGUCAAGUAUGAAAGCUCCAGCCAAGGCACCUAAUGCUCCUCCGAAGCUAACUUCAAUGCUCAAAUGCAACGAUCCUGUGCGUGACAAAAUCCGUGAGAUGCUUGCGGAGGCCUUGUCAAGGGUUCAUGAAGAAUCUGAUGAGUACGAUAGAGAGAAAGUAAAUGGAUGUGAUCCACUCCGCGUUGCUGUAUCAGUGGAAUCUCAUAUGUUUGAGAAAUUGGGCCGCUCGACCGGAGCUCAGAAGGUGAAGUACAGAUCUAUAAUGUUCAACCUGAGGGACAGUAACAACCCGGACUUGAGAAGGAGAGUUCUCGCCGGGGAGGUGUCGCCGGAGAAGCUCAUCACACUGUCUGCUGAAGAAAUGGCAAGCGACAAGAGGAAACAAGAGAACAACCAGAUCAAGGAGAAGUUUCUGUUUAAUUGUGAGCAAGGUCCUGCACCAAAAGCAAGUACGGACCAGUUCAAGUGCGGGCGGUGUGGUCAGCGCAAAUGCACCUACUACCAGAUGCAAACGAGGAGUGCUGAUGAGCCGAUGACGACUUAUGUUACGUGUGUGAAUUGCAACAACCACUGGAAGUUCUGUUAAGGUGAGAUCUCUGUGUGUUCUACAUAUUUCAUGAGACCAUGUUAAAGACAUAGAGGCUCUGAUUGA